AUGCCUCCCCACUUACACCCUCGCUCAACGGCUACGUCUACACUCUUUGCCGGCACUCUUCUCGCCUCCUUUGUUGUUGUUGGCAUUCCACAUCUCUUUCCAUGCCCCCGGCCGCGACGGGGGUACGCGGACACAGAAAUACAGUUUGAUGAAGAUGGGAAACCAGUUCGGAGAGUUAGGCGGCAGCGAGGAGACGGGCAACCUGUCUCGACAGCAGAACAGAUAUCAGACCUGAAGAGGACAACGACUCAGCCUCAACCCAGAGCACCACGGAAGGGUCUCGCGGACCUUAAGAACCUAGAGGAAGAAGCCGCAUUAUUCAGAGAAUUACAAAGAGAGGCAGAAAUGCUAGAGAAGGCGGAUAGAGAAGCACGAGAGUGCCCUGUUCCGAAGCCAAGUGGCAUCUUGGGACGAUUUCUCGGAUUCGAAGACAAGAAAGUUGCUGCAGUUAUGGACGAGAAGAGCUGA